CGAAUGUGUGUACUAUGUUCGGCCCGUGUUUAAAAGGUUCGUCCGGAAACGCUCGGAACGCAAGGGUAAAGCUUGGUACAGCGGCAGCAUCAGCCUCUGCCUGUCCAUCGAUCGCGGGAGAAGCUCACGAAACUCGUGCAAAAACACAACAUCGAAGGUGCAUCGGUGCUCUGCCACCAAAUGUAGAUGGUCGACCGCGUGGUACGCUUACAAUCGGAUUCGGUAACUUUGCUGAAUCUCCCCGCGUGUCGGUAGGUGGUACUCCCACAAGCCCUGGACUUCGGUGGAACAGUACGAAAGUGUACGCCGCAGUUGAGCUGCAUCUAGUGUGGUGGGGACAGAAAGCGUCCACUCCGAUUGCAACGCUUCACUGGGCAGAGGCAGGCAGGAACGACACCAGCGCCGAUUACGAAGUGCGUACCAGUGCGGAUCUAUUCCGACGGUAUCUGAAAAGCUGUGAACCGCUUCGCCUGCGGCUGUACUCAAAACGUACCGAAACGCUCAUCGGAACCGCAAAGGUACACAUCCCAGAAAAGGUAAUUAAUUUCCCGGAAAACGCCGACCAACCAAUUGUCGCACAAAGCUGUGGCGAGAUUCUAAGUGUCCGAGGGUUUAAGCUUGGAGAAGUUUGUUUAGAAUUCGAUCUUAAGCUCGAACCCAAGGAAAUUGCCGCAAUUCCUUCCAAACCCACCACCGGCUUGCAGUCUCAGAAAGAAGGGAAAGAAAAUCGCAAAAUGUUAUGCGUCGAACAGCAGCGUCCUGCUACUGCACCAAUAAAGAAACAUUUCCCUUCCGCUUCCAAUUCCGCGUUAAUUGUGGAAGGAAAAAUAGCUCCUUUUCAUGAAAGCAAACAGCGUCCCCUGGCCGGAAGUAAUAGCUACCAGCACGCAACGAAGAAAAAAUUUAACGCAUUGGAUCAUGAUUCGAAGCGGAAAGUGUUAGAUUAUCUAAUCGGAAAACCGUUCGAUGAUGAUGAGCGCUCCCGGGCAUCGUCGGAACUUUCGGCACUGAGUGAAAUUUGUUGCAUAUCGCCGGCAGAAAGCAUGCUGGAAGCGCUCGCCCGAUACGAUGCUGCACCGGAACAGAGCAAGCAGCCGUAUCUGCAGGCCGUCGAUUGUAUACGGGUACUGGUCGAGGGUCUGAAGCUUACACGGGCCGGUAUGAAAGAAAUGCAGCAUCGUACAAAGCACCAAUGGCUAACACCAACAACAUCCGGGUUUAUUAUAAAGAUGAAGCUCUCGCGUAAUCCCAACACGACCCUUCUCAAGUUCCACUCCACAUCGAUGGCUUUCGAUAAUGCGGAGAUUUUGUUUGAAGGUCAACCUAAAACUACUAAAAUUGCGCUCCCAGCAGGCGGAGAUGAAGGGCUGAUCUUUGAGUUUGGCAUUCACCUGAACGUUGGUAGUAGCUUCGGCAAGACUCGUCUUUUCUUCCUUGGGUCAGCAUCAGUUACGCUGCGUGAGCUACUAGACGGUAGAUUGAGCUGCCACAAACGUUGCCCAGUUCGGUUAGCAUCGGAUGACAUCCUACUCGGCACGCUUACGCUUCGCAUGCACCUGGGACGCCGAGGUCUUCACUUUGGAUCCGACUUGAUCGAUGCGGUAAUGGUUGACGAAGGAAACCUUACGCUGGAUACGUCGAGCGACAGUGACACAUGGGACGGUCCUAUGACGGAACCUCUGGCUGAUCCAACUUCUACCCAGCAUCAGUAUUCUCAUAGGCCACAUACUUGUGGCCAACAGCCGAUGAGCUGCGGUCAGCUGCUACGCCAUCGUGGCCUGUUUCCACACGCCAGCUGGACAUGUACAAGACACACCGGUUGCCCGUCUGAUAAUCAAAGUCCUUCCGAAACGAAGGACACGAAUAGAACGAAAAAUCAGCCAACGAAUUCAAAUGGCAAUGCAAAUCUUGAUGAAAUGGCGAAGAAUUCUGGUCUCGGUUCCCAGUCCGACCCAAAACCUAUGGAAACGGACACAAGCGCACCGGAAGUCCGUCCAGAUGUUAAGCUUCUGCACGGAAUUCUUCACCUUGGCCAGCUAAGAUCACUUCCCGCCAGCGAUUACUUUUUGGUGUGCAACACAUUCUGGACCGACGAGCCGACCACACUAACAUCGGACCUUUGUCCGGAAGGUGGAGAUUUUAAUUACCUGCACACGUUUCCGGUACUCGCCAAUUCAUCCUUCAUCGAGCGUGUCCGCAAUCAGCACAUGAAGGUGGAACUAUGGCAAAAGCCGCCCGGGGAACCGGAAAAGCUUAUCGGCUACACAUGCCUAUCGCUGCAUCAAUUCUACAUCGCGUUCCGGGAUGCACAGCUCAGCGAACAUCUGUCCCACGCCAAACUGCCCGUCAUUUCUAUCGACGGUUGGAGUGGCAUCACUUCGCCACUGGCAGCCGAACCGUGUGGAGAAAUUAAAGCCAUACUAGCCAUAGGCACGGAGAGCCAGAUUGAGCAUUUUAAAACCAUGCGGAACCUGCAGCACGUAUCGAACGAUGUUCCACGCUCGUUGGCCAAUCGAACAAGCGUCCCUGCGUCCGUGGUUGGCUCGCCUACGCGUCGUAUUUAUCCACGACCCGAGCACAAAUCCAUUCAAUCGAUGAGCAGUGGUACAAAGCAACCGCAAACGUCUGAAGUAGCGAACAUGCUGUCAGCAUUUAUUGAAAAUCUGGCCCAACGCUUGCCUAUCUCAUCGGAGCGUAGUACGGCACCGAGCUACGAUCAUAAUAAUGCAUCCACUGAUGAACCGAUGGAUGCGGCACCACACGGAGCAUCACCACACUCCAAUGCAAAUAGGCCACAGCUGCGCAAAACGGCCGAUUUACUCGACAAUCUCCAGAAAGCCCUUUCCCAACGGCCUCCAGCAUCGGCACUGGAUGGUUUCGGUGGUUUGGGAGGGUUGGGCAUGGCAACGUUGCUCGGUGCGGCUACCACACCGGCCGAUCAAACGCCACCGGCAGCUGGUGCAGGACAACCGAUCGACGCAACCACACAACCGACGGCAACAAACGACGAUGGUUCUAGUGGUUCAAUCGAAAGCAUCACCGAAUCCCAACCCCCGACUCUCGAGAGCUCCGGCAGUGGUAAAGUGGCCGGUGAACAACUCACCUCAGUACCGAUCGAUGAAUGUAAAGUGUUCCGGGUGGCGAUCGAGAUCGAACAGGCGGUAAAUUUGCCGAAGCUGACCAUUAGCAAAAAGUACGCCAAGCGGCACAAGAAUCGUAACGUUCCGGAUACGCUGGAGCUGGAACCGAGUGCGUAUGCCACGUUCGAGGGGUAUAAUUUGAAACCCGGCAUGCCGAACACGGUUAAAUCGCACGAAGGCAUCGUGUACACGACACAUGUGUUGGAGCGCAACUGUGCUCCCGGGUGGCAGAAACGGUUCGAGGUGCAGCUUCCGGUCGAUCUGAUGAUGAAUGAUGAAAAGCGAUUCAUACUGAAGGUUUGGCGCAAGGCGGCACUUAGUGAUGCGCCCAAGUGUCGUUUGUUACCGGCCCCGAUGGAAGAUGCCGUGAUCGGGUUCUGUGCGAUCGAUUUGAGUGUGCUUCUGUCGGGCAUGCCGUACAUCCUCGGUUGGUACAACAUUAUGGACUUUUCCGGACGCUGUAACGGUCAAAUCAAGGUUAAUGUACAACCGCUGGAAAACGUCCAAGUGUACAAAGCACUCGACGAACAGCUAAACUUCCAGAUACCGCUCUCGAUCGAUGUGGACUGUAAUGCGAUCGGGUUGGACGCAGCCAACAACACUUCGCUCAGCCGUGCUCUCAAGCGGAAGUUUACCGAGUUGGAAGAAAUAACCGAACGCUUAAAGGCACGCCUGUUCGAUGUGACCGAGGGUGAAGAUGAUCCGGACGAUCAGUUCGAGCAUGAUCUGAACACGGAAGCGGAAGAGGAGGAGGAUGAAUCGUGGCCCGAUGAGUUCGUCGGCGAUAUGUCGAAUCAGAAGCGCAACAGCCAGUACCCGAACGGUGCACUAACGCUAACGACAAACACCUCGUCCUAUUCGAUGUGUGCUACCGAUCGGCGUAUAAACGAUCCACCGGAAAGGUCACUAACCGGUUGCUCGAAUCAAAAUCAAUCACGCCCGGCGGCAGAGCUACAGAAUCUGGAGGAGCUGAUCCAAGCGCACGAUAUCGAUACGCUGAUAAAUCCUGCCAUCAUUAAGAAUCUCCUCAAUCCUUCCAACUCGGAUGAAACGCCACCGCUGGAUGCCGAUGGUACCGGACUCGACGGAGCAACCGAUGCGGACAUGAGCGAUACAACUUCUUCGUCCCGUUCCUCACUGCUUCCGAUCGACACAAGCACACAAGCGACAGGAAGUGGUGACAAAGUAAGACAGAUCGCUUCCGCCCUUCAGAGGACCACAAUAUCCGAUUCGACGAGCCGCAUCAACGCGUCCGGCAAAUGCCGUGAAGCACCGGAAGGUGAACCGAUGAAGAAGGAUGUCGACAAUUGA